CGGCAAGUCUCGCGCGCGCAGGCGCAUCCAGACUGCAGCAUGCCCGCCACCGACGAUGAAGGCUCGCCGCCGCCCGUCGUCGCCCGUCAGGCGACGCCGCCGCGCGAGAUGCCCGAGCAUAUCUCUCUCGUGUCCGCCGAGGGCGAGCGCUUCCGCGUCUCCUGGGCCGCCGCGCAGCAGUCCGAGACGAUCCGCGCCGGCAUGGCCGAGGAGGGCUUUGCCGAGGCACAGAACCACGAGAUGCACUUUGCAGAGAUCCGCAGUGCCGUGCUCAAGAAGGUCGUCGAGUAUCUCGAGUGGCACUACACGUACAAGGACGCCAAGAACGGCACCAACGUGCCUGACUUUGCCAAGGGCAUUGAGCCGGAGAUCUCGCUGGAACUCCUGCAGUGCGCCGACUUCCUCGCGCUUUGAGACGACCCACGCACGAUCGGCGAUGGGAGAUGGGCGGCAGGCGGCGACGAAUAGGCGCGGACGAGGGUGGCAAAUUGUAGGAUAGCAUUCGAGGUAUUGUUCGCACGGCGACGAGGUGUGUUUGUACAUGGCGUUGCAGGGUGGCGGCAAGAAGCAGGAAAGGAACGCGGGGCAUAAUGAGCAACCGACGAGGCAGAGUAGGGAGGAGGUAUGUAGAGUUGAUCGUGGAAGGCGGCGUAAGGGAGACGGGCGUCAAAGAAAAGUCGUAGAAAGAAG